AUGGACAAUGAUCGGUGCUCCAGGAAUAAACCAAGUCGGGAUGGCGGUGGCCAUGAGGUUAACAAUGCUAAUUUUCUCUCGUCUGAGAUAGUGAGGAUUUGCGAAGAGUCAGGAUGGAGGGUUAGAGGAUGGUGGGAGGGGUUGCGCGUCCUUGGAUGGGCACGAGAUCUCAGAUUUCUUCUCUGUGCGCCCUUAGAUCUGUGUGCAGAUCGGAGUAGGGUGCUUUGGUGGAAGAAUUUUGAUGGUGACAAAUCCGAAAGCUCUUAUGGUCGGCCUGGAUUUGAGCAUGACUUGUUGGUGGGCGGGCAGUCGAUGGUGGACGGUGGCAGGGUCGAAAAUAUUGUUGCUUAUGGUACUGUCAUUCAAGUUAAUGUUGAGGAAGGCAAUCAGAAGAUCCAUGGGGUUCCAUUAGGAGAGGACAAUGUGCGUGUCUCAGUCAUUGGAACCAUUGUGCAUGAUGCCUUGCUACCAUUUCCAGUGAAGGAUGCUGACAUAGUCACUGUCGGAGACGCCAUUGGGACUUGUGUUGCUUGGCCAAGAAAGCUAGUUGUUAUCCCUGCACCAGAGGCACCCCCUAAACCCAUUGAGCAGAAAAUAACAAAGCGUGCUAAUCCGAAGAAGAGAAUCAGAGAUUCAUUUGAUGAUGACAAUGAAGACCUGGAAAACUUGCCGACGAAUCUGCCAUUACCAGUAAAGGACUUGUGUAUGUGGGCCAAGACUGAAUUGAUGGAUGGCGCCACAAUCCACACAACAUUUGGUGGGGAAAUUUUCGGCCAUUCUAGGAAAGCCGUCAUCUUUAGAAGGGAUAUCUAUAACAUGGCUAACAUGCUGGAAGUAUCUGGAGGAGUCAUUGUUUUUUACAUGAGCUACAUUUAUGGAGUCCUGAAGAAGUCUAAGAUGCUUGAUAUGGUUGGCUUUAUGGACCCUGCACACACCGGUAUAAUUGGGUGUGGAAAUCCCACUGAACGGGCACGGUCUAUGUCAAAUCGGUACAUGUUAGGGAAACCGGGGCAAAUAUUUUUGGUUCCAUAUAACUCGGGUGCUCAUUGGAUGUUGUCGGUGGUAAACCCGGAUGAAGAAGCCGUGCAUUUCAUGGAUCCGCUAAAAAGGCGACUUUGUGCUGGUGAAUGGAAAAGUAUUGUCGACAACUCUAUUAAAAUCUUCAAUGCCCAAAAGGGUAGGAAAGGAAGGAAAAUAAUCCAAUGGAAGAAUCUUGCUGGUAUUCCGGAGCAAACUGAUUCUAAGACUUGUGGUUAUUUUGUCAUGCGUUAUAUGAAAGAAAUUGUGGAGGACAAGAACUUGGAGUUUGCUACCAAGUGGGAAAGGAAAUCAAAUCUUGCUUACACACAGAAGGAUAUUGAUGUGGUUCGAGCUGAAUGGGCAAAUCAUGUUAUGAAGUUCUAACUUUGGUUCUGUUUAAGGUAGAUGAGUAGCACCAGCAACUGCUUUUGUGCAUUUAUAUAUAACUGAUGGAAAGUGUUGAUGAACCUAAAUUAUGCAUGCAGUUGCUUUGCCUCGCUACUCUUUCUUUACCUUAUAGGUCGUUUUUGACUUAGUGCAAUAUUAGGUAAAUGAUCGAGAUCGAUGAGAUGGUUUUUUGGUUCUCUUGAUCAUUAUGUAACUGCUGGCUAGGUUUAGAUUUGGAACUAUGGAUUGUAUUUUGGAUGAUGUUGAUGCAAUUAAUGAA